AAAAACCUAUUAUUCCGAAAACGCAUAUGCAAAUCAUUUGCGCUCCAAUAAGCAUAAAGUCGCAGAAAUAAAGGCAGUGCAAGAAGGUGGUGCAUUGGUAAAAAAAACUGCAUUAAAUGCUCGUAAAGACGAUGAAAACAUGCAAGAAGAGAUUAAAUUGACCGAAAUUGAUUGUCUUUUCUGUACACAAAAAUCCGAAUCAUUUGAAGCCAAUUUAACACAUAUGACCAAAGUCCAUAGUUUUUUUAUUCCAGAAUUAGAAUAUUUAGUUGACCUUUAUGGAUUAAUCAAGUUUUUAGGAGAGAAAAUUGCCGUUAGAAAUUUGUGUUUGUACUGUAAUGGGAGAGGGAAAGGUUUAAAAAGUCUUGAAGCUGUUCGGCAGCAUAUGAUAGAUAAAGGACACUGCAAGAUUGCUUAUGAUAGGGAUGAAGACAUAAUGGAGGUUGUAGAUUUCUACGAUUUUACAUCAAGCUAUCCUGUUGAUGAGGAGGAAGGAUGGGAGAAUAUUAAUGAUGAAUGGGAAGAUGUUGAAGAAAAUCUUGAUGAUAAUAGGGACAAAUUUUUAAAGAGUGGCUUAUUGGAUGAAGAUGACACUGAAUUAAUAUUACCAUCUGGUGCACGUAUCGGUCACCGUUCGUUGCGAAGAUAUUAUAGGCAAAAUUUACGUCCUCAAGAGGAUCGGGAAUCCAUCAUUAUAAAUCGUCUUAUUACUCAAUAUGGUGGUAAUUUUGAUUAUCAUCGGCGCUCCGGAGGCGUCCUUAUUUCUAAAAGUGGUCAUGCAAAGCAUGCACAAUACUAUAUCGCAACUUUUCAGGAUAAACAUGAGUUUGAUACACGUGUUGGUAUUAAGGCCAACAAGCUACAGCGAUUUCAGUUAUAA